AUGGCCGAAGGGGAAGACGGCUCCCUGGCGGGGCGGGAACCGAGGCCGGAACCCGGAGAAGGGUUCGAGAUCGUGGACCGCAGCCAGCUGCCUAGCCCUGGCGAACUGCGGAGCGCGGCGAAGCCUCAGGCGGGGUCGGAGGGCUGGUCGGCGCCCAUCCUGACCCUGGCGCGGAAGGCCACGGGCAACCUGUCGGCGAGCUGCGGGCUCGCGCUGCGCGCGGCCGCAGCGCUGGGCGGCGCGGACGGCGGCGGGGACGGCGGCGCGGACAGCGGAGCGCGCGCAGCUUCCAGGUGCCAGAUGAUGGAGGAGCGUACCAACUUGAUGCACAUGAUGAAACUCAGCGUCAAAGUCCUGCUCCAGUCUGCCCUGAGCCUGGGCCGCAGUUUGGAUGCAGACCAUGCCCCCUUGCAGCAGUUCUUUGUAGUGAUGGAGCACUGCCUCAAACACGGGCUGAAAGUUAAGAAGAGUUUUAUUGGCCAAAAUAAAUCUUUCUUUGGUCCUUUGGAGCUGGUGGAGAAACUUUGUCCAGAAGCAGCAGAUAUAGCCACUAGUGUCAGAAAUCUGCCAGAAUUAAAGACAGCUGUGGGAAGAGGCAGAGCCUGGCUGUAUCUUGCACUCAUGCAAAAGAAACUGGCAGAUUAUCUGAAAGUGCUCAUAGACAAUAAACAUCUCUUAAGUGAGUUCUAUGAGCCUGAGGCAUUAAUGAUGGAGGAAGAAGGGAUGGUGAUUGUUGGUCUGCUGGUGGGACUUAAUGUUCUUGAUGCCAAUCUCUGCUUAAAAGGAGAAGACUUGGAUUCUCAGGUUGGAGUGAUUGAUUUUUCCCUCUACCUUAAGGAUGUGCAGGAUCUUGAUGGUGGCAAAGAGCAUGAAAGGAUUACUGAUGUCCUUGAUCAGAAAAAUUAUGUGGAAGAACUUAACCGUCACUUAAGCUGCACCGUUGGGGAUCUUCAAAGCAAGAUUGAUGGCUUGGAAAAGACAAAUUCAAAACUUCAAGAAGAGCUUUCAGCUGCAACAGACCGGAUUUGUUCACUUCAAGAAGAGCAGCAACAAUUAAGAGAACAAAAUGAGUUAAUUCGUGAAAGAAGUGAGAAGAGCGUGGAGAUAACAAAGCAAGAUACAAAAGUUGAGCUGGAGACAUACAAGCAAACUCGGCAAGGUCUGGAUGAAAUGUAUAGUGACGUAUGGAAGCAGCUGAAAGAGGAGAAGAAAGUCCGUUUGGAACUGGAAAAAGAACUGGAGUUACAGAUUGGAAUGAAGACAGAAAUGGAAAUUGCCAUGAAGCUGCUAGAGAAGGACACCCACGAGAAACAGGACACCCUGGUUGCCCUCCGCCAGCAGCUGGAAGAAGUCAAAGCCAUUAAUUUACAGAUGUUCCACAAAGUUCAGAAUGCAGAGAGCUGUUUACAGCAGAAGAAUGACGCCAUCACAUCAUUUGAAGAAAAAAACAACCAAGUUAUGUCCAGCAUGAAACAGAUGGAAGAAAGGUUACAGCUCUCAGAAAGGGCACGGCAAGGGGCAGAGGAGCGGAGCCUCAAGGUGCAGCAGGAGUUGGGCGGCCAGACAUGCGCACUGCAGCAGCAGCUCUCGCAGCUACAUGAGCAGUGCUCGAGUCUAGAGAAAGAGUUGAAAUCAGAAAAAGAGCAGAGACAGGCUCUUCAGCGAGAAUUACAACAGGAGAAAGACACUUCCUCCCUACUCCGAGCCGAGUUACAGCAAGUGGAAGGAUUAAAAAAGGAGCUGCGGGAGCUCCAGGACGAGAAGGCAGACUUGCAGAAGGUUUGUGACGAGCAGGAGCAAGCUCUCCAGGAGAUGGGCCUGCACCUCAGCCAGUCAAAGCUCAAGAUGGAAGACAUCAAGGAAGUAAACAAGGCACUGAAGGGCCACACGUGGCUGAAGGACGACGAGGCAACGCACUGUAAGCAGUGUGAGAAGGAGUUCUCCAUCUCCCGGAGAAAGGUACAUGGGGCAGGUCUCCCACCAGCUCCUGGAGGGCCCCUUCCGCCCAUUCUGUGGGUGCCUGUGGGUCAGGGCUACUGCACUGUGACCGUGCCCGCUGGGGUCCUGGCCCACGCACACAAGCCUUCCUGCUUGUCCCCACCCAAUCUUUCAGUAACUGAGAACACUAGGUGAGUUUUGGCCCAAGGUCGACAAGGCUUUGAACUAGUUCGGCAGGACGAGGGGGGGCAAGGCCACAGACCCCUCCCCUGCCAGCAAACAGUACCGCAUGGGGGUGCAUUUUCAUCCAUCCCCAAAUCCCCAAAUCCUCACCCGUGCCUCACCGCAGGUCCUGAGGCUACCCCACACCUGGCCCCACCCUGAGGUCAAGGUCCAGUGUCUAGCCUGAGGGAGGCAGGCUCAGGGAUGCUUGUCUUGACCUGUGCCCAGGGCUUAGGCAGCUGCCCGCCACCAGGCAGCAUUGACUAAAGAAACCUGGAGUCUCUUCCAGCUGACUGCAGGGAGUACAGGGGACAGGGCCCACCAGCCACCCCAGUAAGACACGUGCUAGAGCAGGAGAGCCUCAGUCAUGCAGACACACAAAGGCACGCCCUCUACCAGUACCUCACGGCCCUUAGAGGAACACAAACCUAGAAACCAGGGUUGACCAGGACCCCUUCCACUUCGACACCUGCUUCUGGGGGAGGGCCAGACCUCCAAAGGCCUACUGUGACUGCCUCUUCUCCGCUCUCUAGCACCACUGCCGCCACUGUGGCCACAUCUUCUGCAACAUGUGCUCCAGCAACGAGCUGGCCCUGCCCUCCUACCCCAAGCCCGUGCGCGUGUGCGACAGCUGCCACACCCUGCUCCUGCAGCGCUGCUCCUCCA